CGAACUACGGUACGGUCUACGGCCCAUAUCUUGUCAGUCUCCAGUCACUAUAGACUCACCACUCAGUCCCUCUGACGUUCGGUGACAGGUUUGGACAAGGUCUACGUACGGACCCUUGGCGGGAUAAACUAUUUAAGAAGAGGAGGAUAACCCGAGGGCCACUUUGUAGCCUGUAGGAGUUAGCAAGUUGAAGAAGCAUGGCAGAAGGAGCUUCUCCAUUUUGGUUAUUCACAAUUGUGGCGUACAUAUCUUCAUACUUUACCGGUAUUAACAAGGGCGUUGAUAGAGCUCCUAUAGAUACGGACCCACUGAAAUUGGAGUAUGAUUUUGUAAUAGUCGGUGGUGGAAGUGCUGGUUGUGUACUAGCUUCAAGACUUUCAGAAGAUCCCAAUGUAACUGUUGCUUUAUUAGAAGCUGGAGGACAAGAAACAAGAAUAUCGAUGAUUCCUGGUCUGGUUGGCUACCUCCAGCUUUCAGAUAUGGAUUGGCAAUAUAAAACGGAACCUUCCUCAACAUCAUGCCUUGCAAUGGUAGAUCAUAGGUGCAACUUUCCUCGAGGCAAAGUUAUCGGUGGUUCUAGUAGUAUAAACUAUAUGCUUUAUGUUAGGGGAAACAGAAGAGACUACGACCACUGGGAGCGGUUAGGUAAUCGUGACUGGGGCUAUGAUAAAAUCUUACCAUUCUUCAGACUGUCCGAGGACAACCAAAAUCCGUCUUUAAUAGAGGAUGAAGAAUACCAUAGGAAAGGUGGCUAUUUAACCAUCAGUGAAGCUUCAUGGAGAACGAGAUUAUCCUCAGCCUUCAUAGAAGCAGCAUAUGAAUUGGGAUACCCAAUUGGGGACUGCAACGGUUACCAGCAGACUGGGUUUAUGAUACCCCAAGGAUUUGUAAGAGGUGGUUAUCGAUGUUCUAAUGCCAGAGCAUUCCUUCGGCCUGCGCGGAAUCGCCCCAAUUUGCACGUUGCUCUCAAUACUUUUGCGACGAAAGUGCUCAUCCAUUCUGGCAUAAGGAGAGCGUAUGGUGUGACGUAUGACCGUAAUGAUGGAACAGACUUGAAAGUUUUGGCACGCAAAGAAGUAAUCCUGUCAGGAGGUGCUUUGGGUUCCCCUCAUUUACUUAUGUUAUCUGGAAUUGGGCCAGCCAGACAUCUUGCACAGUUCAACAUCUCUGUCAUUCAAGAUUUACCAGUUGGUAGAAAUUUAAUGGAUCAUGUUGCAUCUGGACCCAUCUUUACCAUCACUGAGCCUGUGUCAUUGAUAACAAAUCUUAUAAGUACCUUCCCAGCCCUUGUGCAAUUUGCGACUCUGGGCACAGGGCCCCUAACAACUUUUGGUGGUGUAGAGGGCCUUGGAUUUGUGUCCUCUGAGAAUUCCACAGAUGACUGGCCAGAUAUAGAGUACCACUUCUUGUCUGGUUCCCAUGGAUCUGAUGAUGGAGAUUUUUUCUACAAAACUCUCGGACUAAAAAGGGUCUACUGGGAUGACUUUUACCGCCACCUCCACAAAGUGCAUCACUUCACUGUAAUUACAAAGCUCUUGCGGCCACUUAGUCGAGGUUUUCUUCAGCUGAGGUCGACUAACCCAUAUGAUUAUCCAGAGAUCAUACCAAACUAUUUCAGUAGGGAAGAAGACAUGUAUGUUUUAAUUGAAGGCAUAAAGAAAGCUGUUGAACUGGGUCAGACAGUCUCGUUAAAGAAAUUUGGGGCCCAACUGUUUGACCAUCACUUACCAGGGUGUACUGACUAUGCCCUUAAUACUGAAGAGUAUUGGGAAUGUUAUUCACGGCAUCUAACUCUUACAAUCUACCAUUAUAGUGGUACUGCAAAAAUGGGGCCAUAUUGGGAUCCUGAAUCUGUGGUGGACCCACAGUUAAGAGUGUAUGGUGUUGGAGGACUUCGUGUGGUAGAUGCCUCAAUAUUCCCAACCAUUCCAUCUGGUAAUACAAAUGCGCCUGUAACUAUGGUAGCAGAGAAAGCAGCUCAUAUGAUCAAAAAGUAUUAUGAAAGUGAAAGUGUCUUAUCAAACCCAUCUCCACUCAUUCCAGUAAAAAGAGUUUUUAACAAUAAGGGAAGUGAUGAGCUCUAAUUUGGUUUGUAUUCUUAUGGUAUCAAAUAUAUUUGUAUUUGAAA